AUGACCAUAGUUGACAAAGCUUCUGAGUCUUCAGAGCCGUCAACCUGUCAGAACCAGGCUGGCAGUUGUGAAGCUGUCUCACCCGGAGACAUGGAGGCCGGCUCUGCCAGCUGGGGUGCUGUGUCUUCCUUAACUGACGUCUCCAAUCACGCACUCUCGUUAGGACCAGUACCUGGUGCUGUGGUUUAUUCAAGUUCAAGCGUACCUGAGAAAUCAAAACCAUCACCACAAAAGGAUCAAGUCCUAGGUGAUGGCAUUGCUCCUCCACAGAAAGUUCUCUUCCCAUCUGAGAAGAUCUGUCUGAAGUGGCAGCAGAGUCACAGAGUUGGAGCUGGGCUCCAGAAUCUGGGCAAUACCUGUUUUGCCAAUGCAGCUCUGCAGUGUUUGACGUACACGCCGCCUCUUGCCAAUUACAUGCUGUCACAUGAGCACUCCAAGACGUGUCACGCAGAAGGAUUUUGCAUGAUGUGCACAAUGCAAGCUCACAUCACCCAGGCGCUCAGCAAUCCUGGAGAUGUUAUUAAACCAAUGUUUGUCAUCAACGAGAUGCGACGAAUAGCUAGGCACUUCCGUUUUGGAAAUCAAGAAGACGCCCACGAAUUCCUUCAGUACACUGUUGAUGCUAUGCAGAAAGCGUGCUUGAAUGGCAGCAAUAAAUUAGAUAGACAUACCCAGGCAACCACGCUCGUUUGUCAGAUAUUUGGAGGAUACCUGAGAUCUCGAGUUAAAUGUUUAAAUUGCAAAGGUGUUUCAGAUACUUUUGACCCCUAUCUCGAUAUAACAUUGGAGAUCAAGGCUGCUCAGAGCGUCAACAAGGCCCUGGAGCAGUUCGUGAAGCCAGAGCAGCUGGACGGGGAGAACUCCUACAAGUGCAGCAAGUGUAAAAAGAUGGUUCCAGCGUCAAAGAGGUUCACUAUUCAUAGAUCUUCCAAUGUUCUUACACUCUCUCUGAAACGCUUUGCAAAUUUUACUGGUGGAAAAAUUGCUAAGGAUGUGAAAUAUCCUGAGUAUCUUGAUAUUCGACCAUACAUGUCUCAGCCGAAUGGAGAACCAAUUAUUUAUGUCCUGUAUGCAGUCCUGGUGCACACCGGUUUCAACUGCCAUGCAGGCCAUUACUUCUGCUACAUAAAAGCAAGCAAUGGCCUCUGGUAUCAAAUGAAUGACUCCAUCGUGUCUACCAGUGACAUUCGGUCGGUACUCAGCCAGCAAGCUUACGUUCUGUUUUACAUUAGGUCCCAUGAUGUGAAAAAUGGAGGCGAACUUAUGCAUUCCACUGGCCACAGCCCAGGCCCGUCCUCACCCCGCCCAGUCAUCAGCCAGCGGGUGGUUAGCAGUAAGCAGGCAGCGUCGGCGUUCAUCGGACCCCAGCUCCCUUCUCACGUGCUGAAGAAUCCGCCUCACUUAAAUGGGACAGGACCCUUGAAAGAAACGCCGAGCAGUUCCAUGUCGAGCCCCAAUGGUAACUCCAGUGCCAGCAGGGCCAGUCCUGUGAGCGCCUCAACUUCUGUCCAGAACUGGCCCUUGAGCAGGUCCUCAGUUAUUCCAGAACAUCCCAAGAAGCAGAAAAUCACCAUCAGUAUCCACAACAAGCUGCCUGUUCGCCAGGGCCAGCCUCCGCCUAGCCUUCACAAUAGCUCUCUGGAGAGCCUUCCCAAGCCCGCUCCCUCCUCCACCAUCACCAACUCUUCUGCAAUACAGUCUACCUCGAACGCAUCUCCACUGUCCGUUUCUAGCAAAGUAACCAAACCGCUCGUCACCCCCAGUGAAGCUUGUCCGAAGCCCAUGAUGAAUGGCAAGUCCAAGCUGAGCUCCAGCGUGCUGGUUCCCUACGGUGCCGAGUCGUCUGAGGAGUCUGACGAGGAGUCCAGGGGGCUGGGCAAGGAGAACGGGCUCAGUGCCUCCGAGGACUUCCAUCCCAGUCUCCACGCCGAGGACGCCCAGGCUUCUCCGCAUGAGCUCCAAGCGCCCAUUACCCUCAACGGUGCUAACAGUAUGGACAGCGACCCGCAGGAGAACGGCCUGCCCUUUGAGGGUAUCAGCUGCCCAGGCCAGGCUGCUCCACACUCGGAAAACCCCUUCUCCAAGGCCAACGGUCUCCCCGUGAAGUUGAUGCCAGCACCUCUGCCACCUCUCCCAGAAGACAAGAUCCUCGAGACCUUCAAACUUAGUAACAAAGUGAAAGGCUCCGUGGAAGAACCCAGUGCGGCUAGACCAGAGAUCAACCCUGCAGAGGGCCGUGAAGCUGAGCCAGAAGUGGCCAGCAGCACACCGGACCCCAGUGGGAACACAGCCACGGUCCCUGGGCCCGGCAGCAAGUUCAAGAAGGCGCCAUUCCCCUCUGAGCCCAGCGUCAAACCUACCAAAGAAGAAGCGCCCAGAAACAGUUCCACGUCCCCCGAGGCCCUGUCCAGUUCCAGCGGUCUCUGCAGUGCUGGCAGGAGCACCUCGGAGGACGGGCCUCUCUCCAAACUGUGUGCCCCUGGGCCCCUAGCCAGCGACCAGCCCAGCCCACCACAGGACACAGCUGGGACGCUGACCGAGACUCCACAGGGCACAGCAUCUGUGGGCACAGCGGACAGAGGGACCACAGCACCCUCGGUCAGUGCAGACGACGGGGAUGAGCGGAUGCGUGUCCUUUCCAUCAGCCGGGAGCCGGAGGCGCUGCCUCAGAGCUCGGGCACGGCCACAGGGGGGCUGCCCACCCCUCGGGCGGACGGGCUCCCUGAAAGCCAACCGGACAGGCCCCCCGAGCCCAGCGGCAGCAAGAGAGAAGAGAGCACGGGGUUGCAGAAAGUCCCAGACCCCUCUCCAGUCAAAGAGAAAAUCAGCCUGCGGAAGGUGGACCGAGGCCAUUACCGGAACCGGCGGGACCGCUCCUCGAGUGGCGAGCGGCCUCGGGAAAGCCGGAGCCGGACCGAGGAGCACGGCCACAAGGAGAGGCCGACGUGCCCGCGGGAGCGGCCCCGCCAGGACCGCCACCAGCCCGGGCGCUGCAGCGCAGGCCAGCACCUCCCGGAGCCCAGCCCGCGGGCCAGCCCCAGCCAGCGCCACGGCCAGGGCCGCUCCAGCCACCACCACGCCCGGGGCCGCAGCUCGGACCAGGAGUGGGGCCGCUACCACCACGCGGAGAGUGAGCACUGCUGGGCCCGAGACAGGUACUACCCGGACAAGAGCCGCUGGGACAAGUGUCGCUACUACCAUGACCGGUACGCGCCCUACUCGGCCCGCGAGGGCCGGGAGUGGAAGCCCUUCCACGGGGCCCGGGACUACGACCGCGCGGCCCCAUACAGCUCGCGGCCGCACAAGGACUACUACCGCAGCCGGACCUACGAGCCGGCCAAGGCUAAGGAGCGCCCCCACUUCAGCCCCAGGCCCGGCCUGCCCCACGGGCUGCCGCUGUACCCCGACAAGUACGCCCACGACAAGCUCACCCUUGGCGCCGAGCUUGGCUGUCACCUGGCCGAGGGCUUUCACGACCAGGACCACGGAAAGGCCCGGAAGCGCAGGUAUGGCAGCGUGGAUGGGAGCGACGGCCCCGACAGGAGGGCCCGGGGCAGCUUGCAAAGGGACUCUCUCGACGAGCCCAAAGUCAAGAAGCACAAAAAGUCCAAGAAGAAAAAGAAAUCCAAAGACAAACGCCGGGACCGGGACUCCAGGCGUCAGCAGGACUCAGAUCUGUCGGUCGCGUAUUCUGAUGCCGACCUCCACAGACACAAAAAAAAGAAGAAGAAAAAGAAGAGACAUUCGAGAAAAUCAGAGGACUUUAUUAGAGACUCUGAACUGCACUUAGCCAAGGCGGCUAGCUAUGAGACUGUCGACAGCGUGCACAGAGCUGAGGGGGGCUUUCCCCUCGCCGCUGGCCUGCCUCUCGAAGGCUUCGGACCCUGCCGCCAGAAAGCAAAACAGCUGCGGACGGAGAGCAGGGACAGCAAGUGUCGCCUCUCCGAGUGUGGCCAGGGUAAGAGGGGACUUGGAGUUAAGAGCAGAGGAAGUGUUUGUUAA